AUGGAUGAAGACAGCAAGACGGCUGGAGGGUCUGCGAAGGCGAGCAGCGCUGCCCUUCCUGCUGCUGCGUCUGCAGCAGCAGCAGCUGCUGCAGAUGGCUGGGAGGUGCCCGACAGAGCAGCUGGGGUUGCCCGCAACAUGGUGCUGAUGCCUUUAAGGAGUCGACGGACCUGCGUCUUCAUGGGUGAGGAGCAUGAGGCGGCCAUGCUUGAGGGUUCCUCUGAUCAGAGCUGCGGCGCGCCCUCUGAGGAAGGAAGCACAGAGUCGCAGCUAGAUAUUGCCCUUCUUCCUGCGUCUGCGCUGCCGGCCACCUACCCGGGUGUACGUACACCUGAAGGCUCUGGUAUUCCGCACGAAAGAGCCUUGGGAGCCAACACCACAUGUGUCGCUUACGCUGUCAAGCCGGGGGUGGUUCGCGUGGUGCGUGUGUUGGACCAUCAAGCGAUGCAAACUGCCUCUGUUUGUCGAUUGCUGCUGCCCAGCCCCCCGCCGGAAGCUGCUUUCCCGCGUUCAGCAGUUCAGAUUUCUCUGUGUCAGGAGAAGCCUUACUUGUUGCUGCUGACGGACAACUAUGGCCUCAUUGUCCUUUACAAGAAAAAGGCAGACACAACUUCCCCACAGGGGCCCCAGGGGCCCCACCCUCCUACAGAAGCAGAGGGGGCCCCGUCGCCCUCCCCAGUGGGCGGGCCCGGACACACAGCCGACAGCGCGGAGCCUUUUGUGCAGCUGCAGCUCGACCUGCAGCAGCACGGGCCUUUGCUCGACGCUUUUUGGCUGCCCCCGCUGCAGCAGCAGCAGGAACUGCAGCAGGAGGGGCCAGGGGCUGCGGCAGCAGAAGCAGAAAAGACAGAGGGUGGCUGCUUCUUCGUGACAGUGCAGCGCCACAGAGUUGCAGUGUGGUCUUUGCCUUUGCUCCGUAUCCUCGGGGUCACACUUAGACGAGAACUACAGACAGAGCCCCUGACGGCAGAGGAGGCAGAGGCUGCGGACUGCUGCUGCUGUGUGUUGCCACUUGAGGAAGCAGUAGCAGCACAGGCUGCACAUGACCCUUUCAGUGUAGGCAGCAGCAGAGAGAGACCAGUAGUUUGCUCCGUUUGCUGCGCUUCAAGAGAGGGUUCCUUACUAGUUGGCCUUGGGGGGAAAGUUGUGACAGCGUGGCAUCUCAAGGUGCACCAAAACGGCCUUCGGGGCGCCACGCUUCUCGGUGCUGUGCAGCUGCCAGCGGGGCCUGAUGAGGCUGCUGCGCCUGCAGAAUCUGCUGGAGCUACGGCCCAGCAGCAGCAGCAGCAAGCUGCAGCAAACACCAAUCCUUUUUUCUCGUAUUUUGGCUCUCUUGACCCGACGAGCAUCAUCAUGCGCAACAAGGAGCAGCAACAGCAGGAGCAGCAGCACAAGCAGAAGCACAAGGACAAAGUGGCGGACCACUUCCAGCUGCUAGUUGUUUACGUCAAAGGACCCGUAACUACUACAGAGUCCAUACCGCAUUUGGUGGUUUGCUCAAAGGCUUCAUUUUACGUGCAAAUAUUCCCUAUUUACAUCAGAGAGCUGCUGCAGCAGCAGCGGCACCACCAGCAGCAGCAGCGGCAUUCUCUUCUAGGGGCCUGCCAGCAGACGCUGUGCUUCGGCUCGCCUAAGGAUAUUGCCGCCACCCACGGCAGCAGCAGCAGCAGCAGCAGCAGUAGCAGCAGCAGAAACAGCAGCAGCAACAAAGCACCAUCAGAGGCAACCGCACAGCCAUCAACGGACGGCGAUAAGACCGCAGCACCAGCAAUACCUGCUGCUAAUGCUGCUAAUGGCCCGUUAAGGGAACCUGCGGACCACAGCAGCAGCUCUUUAGCUAAAGAGGCAACAUCUGGGGAAGAGGAGUCGCGGCUAGCUGCUGCUGCUGCUGCUGCAAAAACCUCUGGGCCGUCGAGGCCUGCAGCUGAGGCCGGAGCGCCAGCUGCUGCAGCAGAAGCUCCUGCCCCGCCAAACUCUAUAGCUGAUGCCGGGACUGCAGCAGCAGCAGCUGCUGCUGCUCCGGCUGACCCGGCGAUUAUUAUUGCCCUCCCUGGGCCUCCCGCAGCAGCAGCACCAGCUGCAACGGGAGCAGCCACAUCACCAGCAGCUGCAGCAACAGCAGCAGACAGGGACUCUGCAUCGAACGGGCUGCUGCAGCUGCUGCUGGGUGGAAACAAGGGAACCAAGAAUAAAGGCAAGAGCAGCAGCAGCAGCGGCGGCAGCAACAACGAAGAUUUCGUUGCUGCUUCGGCCUCGAGCAGCAGAGGCCGAUCCCCUUCUGCAGCAUCAACUCCGUUAGCAGCUGAGAGGACAGGCAGCAGCCCCCGCCUCGCUGCUCCUGCUGCUUCUGCUGGUACUCCUGCUGCAGCUGGGAUAGGCAGGGGCCGCACUAGCUACAGAGGAGCAGCAGCUGCAGAAGGUUCUUGCGGCUCCGUGUCACCGCGCGAGUCUCCUGCUGGUGCUGCUGCUGCAGCAGAUGCGCCGACUGAAAAGACAAAGUCGCCCUCAGCAGCAGCCACAACGGAAGCAGCAAAAUCCAAACAAGAUCCCGCCCAGAUUCAAGGUCAGCCUGGGGGACGUAGGAGGGGGAAGCAGCAGCAGCAGCAGCAGCAGCUUGCUGGUGGCUCGACGUCACCUCGUUUAGAACCUGCAGCAGACUCGCCACCGCCGCAGCAGUUGUCUGCGGGAGGUGCAAAGACAGCUUCUGGCAGUGGAGUUACCAAGCCUACAACGGACAAGAAAGGAUCGAAGCCAAGGGAGCCCUCAGCGGCAGAUGUUGCCUCCGAUGCCUCAGGGCAACCGAGCGCAAGCAGCCCACUGACGUAUGGCGCUGUUGAGUCCUUGCUGUCCAAAGUCAUGGAAGACCUUCCCCAGAAAAUUUCAGCCAGCACCACAACAACCACCCGCUCCAACUUUUCCUUUGCAUGCGACAAGCAGCAGCAACAGCAGCAGCAGCAGCGCCUAGCAUGUUCGAUUGCAGAGGAAGUGCAGCGGCUAUUUUCUGCCCAGCUUCAGGCGGCAGUGCGAGACGCAUGCGAAACAGCAAAACUAGCAGCGAUGCCGGCUGGCCAAGAGAGUUCAUCUCUUGCUGCAAAAGCGGUGCAGCAGCAGCAAGACAUGCUGCAGCAGAUGCAGCAGCUACAGUAUCAGAUGUCUAGGGAGCUGGAUGAGCACCUGAAGCACCAGUUGAAGUCUAUAAGCAAGGUGUUUGAGGAGCAGCAACGGCAGCUCCAGCAACAUGUGCAGCAGCAGCUGCAGCAGCAGAUGCUGCACCACCAACAACAAAUGCAGCAACUUCAUCACCAGAUGCAGCAACAGCACCAGAUGCAGCAGCAAACUGUGCGAUUGCUGCAGCUGCUGCAGCAGCAGCAACAACAACAGCGGUCAUCCCCUACAGAGGAGCAUGUGGGCGGGAAGAUGCUUGAGGCUUUUGAGAAAAUAUUGAAGAGCCAAGAGGGAGUCAUGCUCAAGAGUCUGGACUCCGCCGAAAAGUCCAUUGGGCGGCUGCGGCUGCAGCUUCGCGACAUGCAAGAGGACAUGAAGCAAAGCAGAGCAGUGCAGCAACAGCAGCAGCAGCAACAGCAGCAGCAGCAACAGCAGCAACAGCAACAGCAGCAGUUUCUGUUGUCCCUGCAGCAGCAGCAGCAACAGCAACAGCAGCAGCAGCAGCAACAGCAGCAGCUGCUUCUGCAGCAGCAGCAGCAAUUGCUGUCUCAACUAGGCUCCGUAUCCAAUCAAAUUUCUAGCAUUUCCUCCUCAGGCCCAAGCUCGUUGCGCCCGAUUGAAAAGGCAGGAGCAGCAGUCGCCACCGCCGAUGGGGGCGUAUCUGGGCCACCUGCCGCUGCUGCUGUUGCUGCAGCAGCUGCAGCAGCUGCAGCAGCAGAGCGCGAGACCUCAGCUCAGUUCGCAGCGAGACUGAAAUUAGCAAUAAGGGAGGACAGAAUAGAUGAGGCUUUCGGCCUGGCCAUUUCUGCGGAUUUGGAAAAAGACACGCAGGGCUUUUGGCUCAACUUUAUUUGCAAAGAUUUAAACCCUGACGAUCUGUUUGAAGCUGAGCCUCCACCACUAGGGCAGGCGGCACUUCUGGGUAUCGGGAAAGUUUUGUCGGAUUGUUUGGCUCAAGAAGUGGGGACGAAACAGUUGAGUGAAUUGCAGCAAAGGGCUCAGUGGCUGACUGUCGCCUUCACUCAGCUGGACGCUCCAUCUAAGCACAUUUCAGAAGAGGACUUUCUCGAGCUGCUGCACGAAUAUAAAUCUCACUUAAGAAAUGCCCUAGCGGCCGUCCGCCUGCGGUUCAAGGGGGAAGCAGAAGUGCUGCAGGAAAGAAUCAACAUGUGUUUGAAGCAGCUGAAGAGGCUCACACGCUCCAUGCAGCUCUCCAUUUCCCCUGAGAGGAGUUGA